AUGACCAUCACCGGCUUCAUGGCCGGCUACAUGUUGGCGUCAGAGGAAAAAUGGAUGGGGCGAAUCAUUAGGAACACGCAGGCUUCAGCCUUCGAAGUGGUUUCCAACCCUGUUUAUAACCAAACCAUUCGGACUACAAACAAUCAUACGUUGCUGCUAAAAUUACUUCUUACGCGACGCCAAGAGACGGAAGCAACAAGUCUUUCCACUGAAAUUGCAACGUCCGGCGCCAUGCGCAGUGGACAAAUUACCACGAGGUUUAAUGGCGGGACUGGAAACCAGAUGUUUGAAUAUUCCGCCAUGGUUGGUACCGCCAUGAGGAAUAACCUCGUCCCAUUCAUCAGCAAAGGCGGCUUACUCCCAAAAAUGUUUAUACUUGGAGACCCGACCAUCUAUGCGGAGGGGACGGACUUCACAAAACUUACCGUCAUUGGAGAAUCACAGAGCUGUGCCUACAGCAACAACGUAGAACACUUGGACUUGAAGGGCGCAAGGGCCGAAAUGACGGGAUACAGACAAUCGUGGAAGUAUUUCUCAAAAUAUAACGAAGUAAUCCGAAGACAUUUCACAUUCAAUACAGAGAUAUCAAAGGAAGCAUCGGGCGUUUUGGAUGCAUUAAGAGGUUCCAAGCAGAACGUUACUCUGGUUGCAGUACAUAUCCGCAGAGGGGACAUCCUUGUCGAACCUUUUAAAAGUUACGGUUAUCUCGUACCAGAUGAAGAUUACUUUAACAGAUCGAUGAAUUAUUUUCGUGACAAGUACAAAAAUGUUUCAUUUGUCGUUUGCUCAAAUGGCAUUGACUGGGCAAAGUCGGCGUUGCAUGCCGUCAACGAUGACAUCAGAUUUGUAGAAGGCAAGAGACAGGAAGUAGACUUGGCCAUCAUGUCACGAUGUGACCACGUGAUCAUGUCUGUUGGAAGUUUUGGUUGGUGGGCUAGUUGGUUAGCUGGUGGAGAGGUGAUUUACUAUAAAACACCUGCAAGAGCGGGAUCAAGCCUUGCUUCUCAAUUCAAUUAUCCUGAAUAUUAUCCUGCAAAUUGGAUAGCAAUGUGUAAUAACGAAAUAUGA